UAGUAGGGAAGGGAAAAGGUAGGAGGCAUUUGGGGAUACGAAACGUUAAAUACGUCGUAUAAAUAAAAGAAUCAAAAGGACAAAAGUGAAAGAAGGAAAAAGAGCGGCAGAGACUCCAGAGGGGACCGGCAGAAUGGAUCCAGAAUCAGAGAAGAAAUUAUCGGAGGAGAUGGAGAACAUGACCUUCAAAAUGGGGGAGAUCCAGGGCGUCCCCCUCCCCGAGACCACCUGCGAAAUCUGGGACCAGAUCUACAACUUUCAGGCGCGGGAAGACGAUAUCUUGGUCUCAACGUUUCCUAAAGCCGGAACCUCAUGGGUGCAGGAGAUCGUGGACCUGAUCAUGCUAAACGGGGACGUGGAGAGGAGCAUGCGGGCGCCGUGCUUCAUCAAGGUGCCCUUCAUAGACCUAAAUGUAAAGCCCGUACCAUCAGGUGUGGACUCCGCUAACGCCAUGGAGUCACCACGGCUCCUAAAAACUCAUCUUCCCAUACAGCUGAUGCCGCCAUCUUUUUGGGAGAAGAACGUCAAGGUCGUUUACGUUGCUCGGAACGCCAAAGACUGCAUGGUCUCCUACUUCCACUUCCAGAGGAUGAAUAGUGUUCUACCUGAUCCCGGGACCUGGAAUGAAUACUUCUCUACGUUCUUGGCUGGAAACACUCCUUGGGGGAGCUGGUUUGACCAUGUCAUCGGAUGGUGGAACGCAAAAGACAAACACCAGAUUCUCUAUGUCUUCUACGAGGACAUGAUGGAGGACCCAAAAAGAGAAAUAAGAAAAAUAUCAAAAUUUCUGGGCAAAGACCUGACAGAGGAAGUUCUGGACACCAUUCAGCACCACACAUCAUUCAAUGCCAUGAAGGAGAACCCAAUGACCAACUUCAGUACUGUGCCUUCACUUCUAUUUGACCAGUCCAUCUCGCCCUACAUGAGGAAAGGUAAAGUUGGUGACUGGAAGAAUCAUUUCUUGGUGGCCCAAAAUAUUGUAUUUGAUGAAGAAUACAAGAAGAAGAUGGCGGGGAGCAGGCUGAACUUCCGCACUGAGCUAUGAGGGAUAUCUUAUAUAUGAAGAUGGUGGAAUAGUGACCUCCGAAAUCUACGACCACCAACACUGAUCAAUCUAGAGGAUCAGUGGGAUGGUUGGCCCUACAGCUGCUCUUCCCUGCCUGAUGGUUUAGUUACUCGUAGUUUGUUAUUUGAACAAGUUGAGCUGAAGUAUAAAUCAUGGGGGAGGGAACAGAGCCUCAGCUUAAAGGGGUAUUCCGGGCAAAAACAAUUUAUCCCCUAUCCAAAGCAGCAUAGGGCAUAAGAUGUCUGAUCGCAGGGUGCCUGCUGCUG